CUCCGCCUGGCUGAAGUUUCAGGAAGUAGAGAGUUUCCGCCCGGCGCUAUUUCGCUGUUACACAUAGUUGGAAAGUGCUGCGCCAGGAACACUCUCCAAAUCUCACAACAUUACAGGUGUGAUGGCCAAGCUCCAGGGCUUUGAGUUCUGGAGCAAGACCCUGAAGGAGGCGCGCUUUGUGGUGGCCCCCAUGGUGGAUCAGAGCGAGCUGGCCUGGCGCCUGCUGAGCCGCCGACACGGCGCUCACCUCUGCUACACCCCCAUGCUGCACGCCCAGGUGUUCGUCCGCGACGCCAACUACAGGAGAGAGAACCUCUACAAUGAGGUCUGUGAGGAGGACAGGCCUCUCAUCACGCAGUUUUGCGCCAAUGAUCCGGAGGUGUUCCUUCAGGCAGCUCUGCUGGCCCAGGACUACUGCGACGCCAUCGACCUCAACCUGGGCUGUCCGCAGAUGAUAGCUAAGAGAGGACACUACGGGGUUUUCCUGCAAGAUGAAUGGGAGCUGCUGGAGAAAAUGGUCAGGUUAGCCAACGAAAAGCUCUCGGUGCCAAUCACGUGCAAGAUCCGCGUGUUCAACGAGGUGGAAAAGACGGUCCGCUACGCCCAGAUGCUGGAGAAAGCUGGGUGCCAGCUGCUGACAGUUCACGGCAGAACCAAAGACCAGAAAGGGGCCAUGACGGGCAUCGCCAGCUGGGAGCACAUCAAGGCAGUACGGAAGGCCGUAAAUAUUCCAGUGUUCGCUAACGGCAACAUCCAGCACCUGAGUGAUGUGGAGCGCUGCAUUCAGGAAACAGGAGUGCAGGGAGUUAUGAGCGCAGAGGGGAACCUCCAUAACCCAGCCCUGUUUGAGGGCCGCAGUCCACCAGUGUGGGAAAUGGCCGAGGAGUAUCUGGAGGUGGUGAAGCGCUAUCCUCCCUGCACUCUGUCCUACGUGCGAGCCCACCUCUUCAAGCUCUGGCACCACACGCUGCAGAUCCACCAGGACCUGAGGGAGGAGUUGGCCAAGGUGAAGAACCUAGAGGGUUUGGCGGAAGUCAGCAAACAGCUGAGGCUGCGCUGCCAGGAGGAGAUAGCCAAAGGAAAGGUUGUAGAUGAGAAAGAGAGUGGUCUUCCCUUCCCACACUGGAUCUGCCAGCCGUACGUCAGACCGCCGCCAAAGGAGCCGGUCGCCAACGGUAACAGCCAGGGGUCGGAGGUGAAGAAGACGGUGUGUCAGAAGAGGGCGCUGGAGGACUCUGACGGGACGGCUGACUCUCUCUCGAAAAACAAGCAAAAGAAGAGAUCCCGCAACCCCCACAAGAACUUCUGUCCCGAGCAGAAACCCAAGUACAUCAAAUGUGAACAGUGCGGCAACCCGAAGGGAAAUAAAUGCGUCUUCAACUUGUGUCGAGGCUGCUGCAAGAAGAAAGCUUUUAAAGAGGUGGCGGACUGUCCAAGUCACGGGCUAAAGUUCAAGACCAAGGCAGAGAAACGGAAAGCGGAGGAGGACGAGCAGAAGGGCGACGGGCAGACGGAGAGAAGCGGCGGCUCUCCCCAGCCUCCUCCAGAUCCAAGUUCGGAGCUGCAGGAGCCGCCCAAGGCUCAGCUGGUGCUAUGAGCAGGACUGUGGCUGUCUCUGCACGCACCAACCUCUUAAUCACGCCCUGAGUCGCCACGCGUCGAGUCGAGUUGAGUCGACCGGGUACAACCGCUGCUGACAUGACACCCGGGAGAAUUUUUUUGUCGUACAAUAAAAGUAGGCUCACACAAUAUUCCAGCCGCGUUGUGUGAACCUACUCUGAUUUAUUCACCUGGUGGUGGAGACUUGAAGGACAGACUGUUGUGCGUAUUGGACGAUAGAAAGUUGCGAUCGGAAGCUGCUAUGAAAGAUUAGUGAUUAGUCGGGACAUAAGUGUAGGCACAGCUGCUAAGUAACCUCGCUGUCUUCAGGGAGAGACUGAUGGUGUAUUGAGUGACAGAUCAAAACUAUAAAAGCGGAUUUUUUAGAUGGUUGAUGUGGACUUCUUGGACAAUAAGUAGCUGCGACUGGACUCAUGAAAAAUGGAAAAAUAGUUCUCAUCUGGGAUUUUUAUCUCAGAUGCUGUUUUGGGUAGAGCUGUUACCGAGUCGGCAAAUGGAAAAUAUUCAGCAACUGAACGAAGUCAUACCUGGAAACGAUGGCUGCGGUCGACUUUGGGGGAGGUGGCUUGCUGUCAUGGCUUACUGGGGCAGUUAAAGAAACAUAGCAAUUUUUAAGGAAACGCAUCUAAUUUUCACUCUUUCUUGGUAUCAUGGGUCAAAAUUCCUACUGGUAAAAAAAAAGCUCCAUUGUUCCUCACAGAUUUGAAUCCUUUUAAGGUCAUGGUGUUAAGAUUAGAUAUAAGAUGCUAUUUAUUUUGGGGGAAAGGUUUGCCUGUACUGCAUUGACUCACUGUGUGUAAGUAUGUAUGUGCCUUUUAAUGAUCAGUACCACUGCCUAUCCAUAUAUGGACUUGAGCACAUGAGAGGGCAAAAAGGGAAAGAGAGCGCUGCUCCAUCUGCUGUUGACUAAGUGCAUAUACAGUCCAAAAGAUAAAGGUAAUACCCGCCUGUGUAACUUAUAGGAACACUAUGACAUUGAAGGAAAAGGUGUCUUUUUUGUCAUUGUAUUAUCUCGUUAGAAGCUCCAUAAUAUGUAAAAUAUUUUUUUAAAGUCCCCAUGAAAUCAUUAAGUGUUUAUAGGUCACAUGUCUUGAUCUGGUGCAUCAGUUAAAUGAUUUUAAUGGUGUUUUAGAGACCAUCAAACUCCUGGAAAAGGAGGAAGAAAAUGUGAUGACUCAUCCUGCAUUUGUGGGUGUGCACUCAUUUUGCAUCCAAUGAAAUCCCUUCUUGAGUUUUGACGUCUAAUGUGUCUCUGAGGGGCGUGGCCUCUUUUCCUCUUAGCUCAAUUUUUACAAGACGCAUGUUUCGUUGGGACUUUAAACUCAUAAAUAAAGGCAUAAUUAUGAAAAAAGUGUCAAUUGGGCUCUUUGAUGACUAGCUAGCCAAAAAGACAAGAUAGCUUUAACAAUAUUGAUGAAUGCUAGCAUUCAUCAAUAUUGUGCUAAGCUAGCAUCACAAUGUUCAGUUUCUCUAGUGAAGUUUGUUUUUUAAAGAUUCUCAUCUAAAAGUUGCCCAAAUUCUCAAAGUAAUCAAUCUUUUUUUUUUUUUAUUAACAAAUUUUGGUCAAUACGAUAUUUUAACUCAACCCCAGACGACUAUUUGUGGCUUUAAAUGUCACACCUUGUUGGAUUUUCCCUGGUUUUACUGGUGACAACUACAAUAAACAUGAAUAUGCGUUUUGUUUUGUUUUUUAA